CGCCCGUCGCCUCCGCGCUCGCCCGUGCUCCCGGAAACGCAAGCCUCCGUCGGGGUGUUUCGGGCAGGUCUCGAAACCUCUUCGCCCGCUUGUAGAUCUCGGAGGAUUUCUCCCUUCCCCUCAUCGGGCCUCCUCGUUGGCUCUCGGAGAGGAUCAGGUGGGCCUCCGCCGCGGCGCGUGUUGCUGGUUCACGGAGGCAUGGAUAAGCUGGUGCAGCUCGGGAGGAAGGCGUGGUUCGUGGUACGGGUGAUGUCCGGCUACGAGCAGAGGAGGAUCCGAUCUUACAGGCUGCAGCUGCAGCAGCGGCUCGAGCAGGCUCAGGCUAGGAAGGAACAAGUGAGGAAACAGCCAGAGCAAGUUAUUCUGUCAGAGGUUCGUCAAGUGGUUCAGCAGAUGCAAGCUCUCAAACAGCACUUCGAAGAAGCUGAAACUGCCAUAGAGAAAAUUUUCAACCCGAUUGACAAGAAUGCUCAGAUGAUAACAAACAUGCAAAUGGAGAAAGAAGAGGCGCAGGCGAAGGAGAUGGCAAAGGUAAUGCGAGACCAAAUAAAAAUGCAAAGAGAGCUCGCGAUGAGGACAGCUGAGUCCACUGCCGCAAAGCCUAUUGACACCCAAGCGAGUGAAACAGCAGCUGAAAGUCUUCCAAAACAAGAAACCGGGAAAUAGAUAUUGGCCAGUGUUGAUCGUUUAUUUCUGGUAAGCAAGUUCUUAGCUGCACGCGAACUCUUUAAUCUUUACAGUCUUAUUGUGGGGCCAGGUAAUAAGCAUGGCUGCUCAACAAAAUUGCCAAUUUUGUACCUAUGAGGGUCUGUUUUUUUUUUUUUCUGUGAGCAGAGUUCUUUACUCAUUUUGUUUCCUGUACAAGAUGGUAAAUCAUGGAAGCUUUGUGUGUAACCAAAAUUUGAGUCUGGUCCUAAGUCGGACAUGCAACUUUAGUUGGGAAGCGUCACUAUGUUUUUAUAUCUAUGGAGAUGCUAGUAUCAGCCCA